CCUGUACUCAAGACAAACAGAUGGGAUUACAGCGCAGGCGUACGUUGCCGUACAAUAUGGCGGCUUCCACACGCGCGGAAGAUCCGCCAUAAGUCCCUCCUCCGCAGCCCCUCGUCUCUUCAGAAGCAGGUCAGCGGAAGUGUUUCCAGCCGGGGGGAGGCACGCGGAGACAGUGGUUCCAGCUGUCCCGCCACAAGUCAGCCUGACGUCUCUGCUGGCACCCUACCGUUUGGUGUAUUUAACCGAAUCUUCUGUUGAGUUGAGUGUCAGAAGAUAGGAAGAUGUCCAAACCCAGUACAUUUGCCAUAAUGUUGACCACCCUUUUUGGUGCAGCUGUGGGAAGCUUAUUCAUAUGGAAAGCCUACCAGCGCUGGAGGGGCAUCAUCUCAGGAGUGGAGGAGGAGGAGGAGGAGGUGGAGGUGGAAGAAGACAAAAAUAAAGAAUUGGCUCCAACAAAACUACGGCCACCACCGUUAUCAUUCUUGGUUGUUCCCAAAGUCUCACAAGUGGAAAGGAUCCUCAGAGAGAGUGUGGUGAUUGUGUCUGAGAGGGAAGAAUGGGAGAGAGUUGAAUCUUUUCUCUGGGAGGAGUUGGAACAAUGUCCAGUCCUUGGAAUUGACUGUGAAUGGGUAAAUGUGAAAGGCAAAGCAAGACCUGUUUCACUCCUACAAAUGGCUUCCCCUACUGGUUAUUGCAUUUUAAUUCGUCUUCCUAAGCUGAUCUCUGGUGAAGCAGGUUUUCCCCAAACCCUGGUGGAUCUUUUAGAAGACAGCAGAAUCUUAAAGGUUGGGGUUGGGUGUUGGGAAGAUGCCAGCAAGUUACUUCGGGAAUAUGAUCUCACAGUGAGAGGAUGUCUGGACCUCCGAAAUCUAGCCAUGAGACAGAGGAGAGAUUUGCUUCCAAAUGGGCUUAGCCUGAAGUUCCUUGCUGAAACCAUACUCAGCUUUCCUCUGGACAAAUCGCCUCUUCUUCGUUCCAGCAAUUGGGAUGCUGAAGAUCUCACUAAGGAACAGGUUGCUUAUGCUGCUAGGGAUGCUCAGAUUUCGGUGGCUCUCUUUCUUCAUCUUCUUGAAUAUCCUUUAUCCAUGAAUUCAACCCAGAAUGGAGAUAACGAAACCACUUGGGAAAAAAUAUUGAUGAAGUGCCAGGAUCUUGUAGAUAUUCCUUUCCAUGGUAAAGGGAACAGCAGCAACACGAGAGAAGAAAAUUCCGGGAAAAUGGAGGGCUCACAGAAAACAAGAAACCUGAAAUCUAGACCUGGCGUGAUGUCUUCAGAUGAUCAGCAAGGAAGGGAUCCCAGAAAACAGAAAUCGAAGCCCCUCGGCAAGGGCUAUUCUGCUCGGAAAUCUCCACUCUAUGAUAACUGCUUCUUACAUGCUCCUGAUGGACAGCCUCUAUGCACUUGUGAUAGAAGGAAAGCUCAGUGGUAUAUAGACAAAGGCAUUGGAGAACUAGUGAGUGAAGAUCCUUUUGUGGUCAAGUUGCAGUUUGAGCCAUCUGGACGGCCAGAAUCCCCAAAGGAUUAUUAUCUGAUGAUUAAAGACAACCUCUGUGUAGUAUGUGGCAAGAGAGAAUCCUACAUCCGGAAGAAUGUAGUUCCCCACGAGUACCGGAAACACUUCCCCAUUGAGAUGAAAGACCAUAACUCCCAUGAUGUGUUGCUCCUUUGUACCUCCUGCCAUGCCAUUUCGAAUUACUAUAACAACAACUUGAAGCAACAUCUGGCUGAAGAAUGUGAAGCCCCUAUUGGCUCCGAGGAGGGACUCCGCUUGCUGGAAGAUCCCAUCCGUCGUCAAGUGCGCUCUGGGGCUAGGGCCCUGCUCAAUGCUAAGUCCUUGCCUGCUUCCCGAAAAGAAGAACUCCUACAGGCAAUCAAGGAAUUUUUUAACACAGACACUAUCACAGACCAGAUGCUUCAGGAAGCAGCAAAUUUGGAAACAAGAAUUAAUAAUGAGAACUAUAUUCCCCAUGGACUGAAGGUGGUACAGUACUAUGCAAAAGGGGGAUUGCGCUCCCUCAUGAAGUUGGAGAGUCUCUGGCGCCAACACUUCUUGGACUCCAUGAAACCCAAGCAUCUGCCAGAGCAAUGGUCAGUCAACCAUAAUCAUGAAAAUCUGCUCCGAAAAUUUGGGGAUAACUUGCUAGUGGAACUAGCUGGUUAGCUUCUCUCCUGGAAGAUGAAGAAUGAGGGAAUUGGGGAGGAAGGUGCUGUAAUUAAUAAUUAAAAAUAAUAAUAAUAUUUCUUGCUACCCAGAGAUAUAUAAUUUAUAAAGUUUAUUAUGAAGGGUAGACAAUCAUUCCUAAGCAACCUGACCACCUGAUAGCUUAACUGGCCCAUGUCUUUCUACUCCCCCUCACCUCCUGGUAUUCUUGUUUGUUUCCCCCUUUCUUUCGUUGGUAUCCCUGGUUCUGCCCCAAACCUUAACUUUUAUUGACGUACAGAACGCAAGCUGAUGCAAACCUGGCACAAUUGUGGUAUGUCAGAAAUGUUUGAUGGACAUGUAAAGUUACUCAGGAAGGGGGAAGGGAUGAGCUUCUUUGACACAAGCCUCCCUGUGAUCCUUUGGGAGACCCGUCUCCCCAAUGGAUCAUUUAAAUAUAACUAUCUUGUAACUCUGAAUACUUUCCAGGUAAAAGUACAUACAGUAUUGCAUUUUUCUAAGAGGGAGUUACAAUAGUUAGAGAUGGGAGUCAAAUACAAAAACUGAUUGAUAUACGCAUUGACACAAUGCAAAUUAGGGGGAAGUCCCCUUUGGCAUAAGAGUACAUUCAGAAUAAGUAUAUUCAACCCCCUUCAAUUCAGUUCAUUAUAUUCUAAAGUUCAUUCUGGAUCUUUUGAUGUGAUGUGUGGCUUCUUCAGGCAUCUUUACAGCAUCUUCUCCAAAAGAAUCCACUUUCUUGAUUUUCAGUGUUGGCAAGUUUCUUUUCCUGAAAUUUCUCCAAAAAAUUUUAAACCUUGCAUUUUAGGAUAAUUAUACAAUCCCCCCUGAGGAGGGUGUUGACCAACAUCAGAAUCACACUGGGAUACAUGACCGAGUUAUGAGGUAUAUGAAAUAAUUGUCAAAAGAAAAAACAAAACAAAACAAACCACCCCCCAAAAAUCCCAAAUAAAAAGUAAAAAUUAAUGAAAUUCUGUAUAAAUAUAAUACAGAAAUGAUAAAAAAUAAAAUCAAAAUCUCAUGUGUCUAAGAUUCUGAGUAAAAAAUAAUAAACCUGCAGUAGGUUCUUGAAUCACAGCAAGGAUCAAUUAAAGUGACUAAUGUAAUUAAAGUGACAUGUCUCACAAGCCCAAAGGACAAUAGCUGCAAUACAGAACUUUACCCAUUUGCAGCCAGAACUACUGAAAAUUGCCAAACUAUAUGAGAGGAAGGACUAAAUUUCAGCAGCAAAUGGGAAAAUUCAUUCCCUGGUCUAAUUGUACCAUCACUGUCAGAGAUAGGGGGAGCCAGGAUGAUAGCCAACCUGAGGCACUUGACUCAAAGUAUUACACAUAUAGUGUGGUUCAGGGAAGUCCUGUGUCUUAACAUAUGUCAAGCGCCACAACCUCAAUUCUCACACUAGGUUCAAGUCCUUUUGUAUUGGCAUAGAAGUUCAACAAUCCUCCCUGGAUUGAAUUUGGUAUAGAGGUAUAGAGGGAGGAGGGUAGGCAAAAGAAAGAUAGCUGCCUGAUCUAUUAGUUGUCAAGUACUCAUCAAAUAUAUCCCCUCCAAUAUUAUCUAUUAAAAUUUGGCACCUCAGACUGAACUUUACAAUCCUAAAAAUAACAACAUGUUCAAGCAAGUGCUCUGUGGGGUAGUUGUGUUGGCAGCCAUUAUGGCUUAUUGGAUUUAUAACAUCCUAUACAGUAAAAUGACCACCAUGAUUGUAGAUUUGGUGGAAUACCUUGGCAAUACCACGAUGUUCUUAUUAAAGUUGCCAUUCCAAAAAGAAACUGUCCUCUGGCAGAUUAUGACUCAGGUUUAUAUCAUCUCCAUGGCUGCUAUAUGGACACUGACUUAUCUGAAGAACAUCUAUAGAUUUCUGAUCCCCAAAAGGUGGCACAGAUAAUGGUGGUGGAUACUGACUUGGAAAAUGUUAUUAAGAACAUGUUUGAAGAAUUUAUCAAGGCAAAAGGGCUAGACCAGAUCAAGGACAAGGGAAAUGGCCAGACAGAUAGUGCACCCAAAGACAAAGACAGAAAGGCAAAGAAAGCAAAGGCUAAUGCACAGGAAAAUGACAGUGACAAGGACACUUAAGUCAACUAGUGAACCUGAAAAAAUUUUUCCACUAAAAGAUGUUACCAAGUUAUCAAGUACAGCUGGUGUGUUACAUUCAAAGGUGCAUAGACAGUUUACAACCCAGGAGCUUGAUUCCCUGAAGAAAUGGGUUCCAAAAUUUAUCGAUCAACCCUAUAAGACUCAGAAAGAAAUCAAACGUGCAUUCUGAAAAAAAUUUUUUUAAACCCUUACCUUCCAUCUUGGAGUCAAUACUAUGUAUUGGCUCCAAGGCAGAAGAGUGAUAAGGGCUAGGCAAUGGGGGUUAAGUGACUUUUCCAGGGUCACACAGCUGGGAAGUGUCUGAGGGCUUUCUGAAUUUUUGAUCUAGAUUUCCCAGAUGUGGAAUUUCUCGUCUGAAUUGUUUAGCCCCCAUGAGCAUCAUCAAUUCAUUGAAAAGACUAGGUCAGAAAACCUGACUAGUUGGCCCACAGAGGAGCAAAGGAAGACCUUGAUUUUGCUACUCCCACAAGCAUGACCUACUUAAGGAAAUGUAGGGAAGACUUGCUCCAAGCUGUUAAGCUCUGUUGCUCAAAGCCUAAUGCAUGGGCAAGAUUUGACAAACUAAUGCAAAAUAAAGGGGAACAUCCAGCUUCAUUUAUAGAUUGUCUUUCUGAAAUGGCUGAAUCAAUUAUGGGUUUAGAGGCAAAUACUGAUUAGUCUAUAAAUCAUGUGAGGAGACAGUUUUUGAAAGGGUGCACACCUCACUUAGAGAUUUUUCAAACAUUACUUUCCAAAGUAUGAUACUGUGAGUCUGAUCAAAUUACAUGAAACCGUGACUUACCUCCAUGAAAAUUAUUCAGAGCAAAAUAAACAAAUGCAGGAUUUAAAGGAAAAAUUAGAGGUAAUAGAGAAACAUUUAAGAGACAAGGAGAUUGAGGAAAUUAAGAAGCUGAUUACUGUUAGGACAUACACAAAACCUAUUUAUAAACAAAAAACAGUGCAGAGAGAAAAUAGACAAUGCUUUUUCUGCCAUAAGAAAGGACACCUGAUCAAACACUGUUUUCUGAAAAAGAAAUAUGAUGUAAAUAACAAUAAAGGCACACUAGCAAGACACAGAAAGCAAAAUUCCACUUGCUGUUCUCAUUGUAAACUAAAAUCCACACACAGGCAACUGAUUUACAGAAAAUGCAACAGGCUCUUAAAUCAGGAGCUAAACCAAAAUAUUCUGACAUGGUUAGGAGAGAAUUAUGAAGCCAGGCCUAUAAUGUAUGUAGUUUGGUACAUGGAGACAGAAGAAAUGGUUUGAGAGACACUGAUGUCAAACUUAGGGAAAAAAAGAUAAGAAAUAGUGAAAAUUUAGUGCAAGAAAUAGAAUUUGUGAGUGAUAGCAAAUGCAAUAAAUCAAGAGAUGGGCCGAGAAGUAAAAUAGCUAGAUGCAGAAGUUAAAGACAUCAUGUCUCAAAUAGCAACAGAGAUAAGAGAUUUAGAGAAAGGCUGUAUAGUAACCACACAUGAAAAAAGUACAAAUCAAGUCAAAACAUUCUUGGAGAACUUUUUUCAGUGCAGACUGGGCACAGGGAUUGAAUUGUAUAAAAGGAAAAGACAGACAAAGUCACAAAAACUCAAGCAGGAGUUAGUGAAAGAUACAGAGAAACAAAAUUUCAAUUCCCUAUAGGUUACUGUUACUAAAGAUGUAAAUACUUUGAAAUCAUUCACAGAUUUGUAUAAUGAUAUCCCACCAAACUCAGUUAAUUCUUCAAAUAGUUAUAUGGCACAGGCCCCCUUAGAAAAUACAUCUAUUCUGAAUCCUGAAGCUAAAACUUUCCAUCCAGCAAUGACUGAUUUAGAGAAUAUAAAGUUUGCUGAAAAUGAAGCCGACAUUACAUUUGAAAACAAUAAUCAUAUUCAAAGUAAUGGAAGUGACAUGACAGUUGAAUUUGAAAAGAGGAAUGGAAUGGAAGUCUUAGUAACUGAAAGAACAACCAAGGAUUCAAAUGGCAGACUUGAAGGCAACAUUCCAAGUGGCAUAGGGGAGUUUGGCCAGAUAAACUUAUAUGAGAAUAUAGUACCAUCAACCUCGAAUGUAGACUUCAUAUGAAAUGAGUCAGGUCAAGGAGAGUUAACUGAUCCAAAUAUACAGCUGGCAGAGGGUAGCAAAGAAAUGAUAGACACCUUAGCUACACAACCAGAAACCUAUGUAUGUAGUAUUGUGGGAAAGAAUGAAGGCACACAUCCUAAUGAUGCAGGGGAACAUGCAGAUGUACUACACUUAUUCCCAGAACAACACAACAUAGAGGGAAAGAUUUCUAUCUCUACACAGUCAAAAGAGAAGGGAAAUGAACAAAACCUUCUGACUGAUGAUAGAGUAAAACCUAUGAAUGUUAGUAACAGCAUCGCAUAUCUGCAAGAAGAAAUUAACCCCAUACCAUAAAGUUUACCAACUCAAAAAUUUAAAGCUUAUCAAUAAGAAACAACCAGAAACUGAUUUGGAAAAUAUAAAAGCUGGUGACAUAGGUUUAGAUCAACACACAAAGCCAGAGUUAACAACAUCUGACACAAGUUUACAGGACACUGAACAAUAUCCAAUGUAUAACAUAAGGAUUGCAGAAUUCAGUGAGUCAGAAUCAGUUACAGAGUCAGAAGAAAUACCAGAUGGUGUAAUAAUAAUGGACCAAAACAAUUUAGAACAGAUGCCUUACCAAUUUUAUAAACUUUAUGAAGAGGUAGAUGAAGAAGGGGAUGUGUGGGAUACAAGUGAGAAAAUUGAAUUUCCGAAACCAGUACAAUCAAAAUCUUACCAGUAUGAUGAUGAUGAUGAUGAUAUGUUCUUUGGGCACAGAACACGUUGUAUACCAUUAGAAGAACUUUAUGCAAGAUUAGGGGUUGAUAAUGAAGAUGACUUUAUAGUGUAAAGGGUAAAUUUAGGGUUGAGACUGAAUGUAAAAAUUAUUGGUUGCCAGGGAUUUAAUUUCUUAAAUCCCAAAUGAAGCACUCAAGUCAGAAUGGAAUUUUAUGGUGAUUUAAUUACAAUAGGAGGAAGAAAUUAAGAAAGAGAGAGAGAGGAAAAAGUUAAUUUAAAGUGCUCUGGCUCAGGCUGAUCCAGGCAGGAGUUCAAGGCAUUGGCCAAGGGAGCCUCCCCUGAGAGCCAAGGGAAAAGGGAGUCAGUCUUAUCACUCACCAUGUGAUUGUCUCAAGGAAGCUGUCUGAGGGACCUCCUCCAGGCUCGAGUUCCAGGAUUGAACUGGCACCCGGCCUCCUCACAGGAAGUGACAAGAACUCCAAAGAUUGUUCUCUUCAUCACUUCCUGCAUCUCACAUGUGCCAAUUGUGACUCAAGCUUGGCUUAGGACAGCCCAGGGGAUAAUCAGUUGUUUCUGAUUUGUUACUUGCUAGCAUAUGCCAGUGUAGUGUGGGCGUGUACAUUCCUGGGUAUGUGAUUUUUAAAUCUCCUCCAUCUUGCUUGGUCUAGCAUCCAAAAUUAUGCACACCCACACUACACAGGCAUGUGCUAGUCAAUGACAAAUCAGAAAUAACUAACUGCCCACCUGGGCUGUCCUAAGCCAAGCUUGAGCCGCCAUUAGCAUGUGUGAGGCGCAGGAAAUGAGGUAGAGAACAGCCUCUGGAGUUUGCACACUUCCUGUGGACAGGGCUAGGCGCCAGUUCGUUCUAGGAGCUCGAGCAAGGAGGAGGCCCGCAGGCAGCUUUCCUUCAGAUUGGUCACAUGAGUGAAAGGACUGAUUCCCUUCUCUACCUUAUAUAUAUACCAGUCUUUUAAAGUGAUUUCAAUAUCACAGUUUGGCUGACCAUGAAAGUUUAACGAGACCCCUCAAUAAAUUUCCUGAACUUUCUUGCCUUUCACUCUACUUUCACCUCUCUCAGUCAGUCCUUUUUAAUAGCUAACUUGGCUUAAAGACACAGCUGCUAGAACAGGUGAGUAUAAAACACUUUUUCUCUCUUCUCUUUUCUCCUUAAGUUAAAUUGGAAUUGGGCCUAAGAGAAAAGAAAGGAGAAUUUACAACAGAAUAGACCCUUGGCAGUAGGCAGUAAGGAGAGCCACCUACUGACGAGAGAAAAAGUUACUGGUGACUUAGUAAUUGACUAAAAAAAAAAAGUGGAUGCAGCCCGUACAUGAUUUAUUUAAGAAUUGGCUUGUGAGCUCCAUAACCAAAUUUAUGAAUUUACUAAUAGGUGUUUCUCUAGGAUGGCUCUUCUCAGAGACUUUAUGGCUAUACGUGAUUGCUGCACUCCUCUUCCUUGGGAUUGUAAUUGUUGGAGUUGUAAUAAUAUAUCUGAUUUCCUCUAAGAGAGCCCUGGAAAAUACCUUAUAUAAGAUAGAGACACAAAUACGAUUAUGUCAGUCUCCCCCUCAAGAACAAGCUUCCCAACAAAACCAAACAAUUGUUCCUUUUAUUAAUCAACAAUCUGCAGAACACAAUACUUGGUUUGAGCUUACGGAGGAAAGAUUGGGGGAGCUCAUAGCUUCUAUACAAAGCAUUACAAGAGACUUAAGGGCAUCCUGUAAUAAGAGUGAUUUAUCUCUCCAUUCUCCAUCUUUAUCAGAUUCCCUGUCCCAUUCUGCCUUACGAAAUUUGGUUCCUAGUUCUCAAAUAGCCCUUCCCACUCCUAACCAACCCUCUUCUCCCCCUGCCCCUCCCACUACUAACCAACCUGCUCCUGCCCAUACCUCCUUUCCCGUCCCCUCAUCCCCUCCCCCCACUCAUGCUUUCAUCCCCAACUCCCUUGCCCCGACUACCCCACACACCCUCAACCAUCCCAACCCUUUCCUUUCUCCUACCUAUCCCAUUGAAAAUGGAGCAAGUAGCCUAGAAAUAGGAACACUAGAUAAUUUAUAAAGAAGUUUAUUUCCGUUAGGGGAAGUACCCACCUUUAAUAAAGAUGGGAACUUGGUGUCUGUAAGACACUAUACACCUUUUAAACCCGACGAUUUAGAAAAAUUCAAGCAAAAUGUUCCAUCAUUUGAGGCAGAACCAAUAUUAAUUAUAGAAAAAUUAGAGAAUAUAUUCAGAACCUUUGACCCCUCUUGGUUGAAUGUGGAAAAUUUGUUAGAUACAUUUCUGACAAAGAGAAAAAAUAAUGUCAUCUCUCUAGCUAAUCAGAAAAGAGGUAAAGGAGCACACCAUUGGCCAACUGUAGAUCCACACUGGAACCCCAAUGUUGCACAAGAUCACACAAAACUAGCCCUGGCCAGAGAAGCAUUAUUGAAAGCCAUGAGAGAUUGCUCUGAUAGAUCUGAAACAUGGGAAAAAUUUGAACUGUCCCAGCAGGAAAUUGAUGAGACUCUCUCCUACUUUAUGGACAGACUUUUUGACAUGGGAAAUACAUAUAUGGACCUUGAUUUGACCAGAGAAAGGGACAUUAAACAUAUACGCAGGCAAUUCAUUAAGAAUUGUUGUCCAGUGGUAAAGGACUACUUUAAAACUAGCUGUCCUCAUUGGGACUCUAUGAACCUCGAAGAAGUGAGGAAAGUAGUAACCUAGGUCUAUAAGGGUCAUGCAAAAAAGACCUGAGACUCACAGUAAGUCAGUGAAUGACUUAAGGAAAGAAAUUGAAAGGAUACAGGAACAAUUGAAGAAUAAGGGAGAGACCAUAGCCCCUUUGCAGGAAUCCACAGAUAAAUCAUUAACAUGCUCUUUAAUAUGUUCUUUCUGUGGGAAGAGAGGCCAUGCAAUGAUGGCCUGUAGGAGCUGGCUACAGGAAAAAAGAAAUAAUAACAACUUUAGGAAUAAUAACUAUAGGAACAGUAAUGUCAACCAAAAUAAUGACAGUGCUCCAAAUGCAGAAAAUGAUAAUACCCAACACAAUGCCCAACAACAAUAUAUAAAAAAAUGGAGCUCAACCACGCUUCACUCAGGGUGAAUACCCCCAACAGCGUGGAGGAUCCCAAAAAACUGCCCAAGCAUCUUUAUGAAGGUGUGAAGGGUCAGUGAGGGCCUUGGAAUCAAAGAAUGAAACCUUUGAUUUUCCAGACCCUGAUAUUUUAAUGCCAAUAAUCCCUAAAAAUUCCCCCCAAAUAACAAGGAACCUCAUGUCACUUUAAAGGUGGGAAAUUCAUACUGUGAUUGUCUUUUGGACACUGGAGCAUCUAGGUCAGUUUUGGUAAGCAAAAUAGAUGGAAAAUGUGAUUCUAUUGGCUCUCUAAAUGUAGUAGUUGUAUCAGGAACACUGUUAAAGGUCCCUAAACUUUCUCCUUGCAUGGUAUGCGUGGGACCCCUAACUGUUGAACAUUCUUUUCUUUAAAUGCCUGGAUCCCCCACAAACUUGCUGGGAAGAGAUUUACUAUGUAAAUUACAAGCCACAAUAAUGUGCGCCCCAGAUGGCUCUAUGUCCUUAGAAGUGCCCGAGGAAUCCUUGAAUUUACUACCUGUACUUCUCUCAGAGAGCCAGAAGGCAAAAGAGCCUCCCACCUUUGAAAUACCUACAGAUAUACCAGAGUCUCUUUGGGCCACAUCUUCUUCCGAUGUAGGCUUACUCAAGUCGGGUGUUCCUGUGCAAAUAAAAACUAAAUCCAGCCCACCUCCUUCCAUUCCUCAGUAUCCUCUCUCCAAGAAGGCAACAGAGGGCAUUAACCCAAUAAUAAACUCAUUAAUUGACCAGGGAAUAAUAUUCCCUUGUAAAUCUGAAUUCAACAAGCCCAUCCUGCCUGUUAAAAAACCAAAAAGGGGGCCCAAUGGCAAGCACCUCUAUUUGAGGGCUGUGAACAAUCAUGUUAUAAAGAGAUACUCCGUGGUUUCCAACAUCAAUACUGUUAUUUCCUCUAUUCCUAGCACAGCUACAUACUUUACAGUAGUGGACUUGUGCUGAGCCUUCUUUUCCAUAUCCAUACAUGAGAACUCCAGGCAUAUUUUUGCUUUCACCUGGAAUGGCUCAAAAUUCUCCUGGACCCGUUUGCCACAAGGUUAUGUAGAGAGCUCGAGCUUAUUUGCACAAAUUUUGAGCCAAGAUAUGGAUAAUAUAAAAUUUAAAAACAGCAAAUUAAUAAAAUAUGUAGAUGAUCUACUCUUGGCUUCAACAGAUGCAGAAGAAUGCCAGGAAGAUAGUAAGCCUUCUUUUGGAAUUGCCCAAAAGAGGGCAUAAGAUCUCAAAGGAUAAAGUUUAGUGGUGUCUCCCCAAAGUAGAAUAUUUGGGGUUCAUUCUGACAGCUGGUGCCCAUUCUAUUUCUCCCAAGUGAAUUGAAAAUAUUCAAAAAUUGAGUGCUCCUACCACUUAGAAACAGUUAAGAGCAAUUCUGGGAGCAACAGGAUUUUGCAGACAAUGGAUGCCUUGCUAUGGGGAAAUUACCAAGGCCCUUAUAGCACUAACAAGACAUUUAGUCCCUGAACCACUUAAACUAGAGCCAGAACACCUGUCAGCUCUGUCAGACCUAAAACAGGCUAUCCUGUCUGCCCCUGCUCUAGGCAUCCCAGAUUACAACAAGCCAUUUACUUUGUAUGUACAUGAGCGAAGAGGAGUGGCUUCAGGUGUUUUAACUCAGACUUUGGGGCCUUCUCAGUGUCCAGUUGCCUAUUAUUCAGCCCAGCUGGACCCAAUAGCUUCAGGAGCACCACCAUGUCUUAGAGGCGUGGCUGCUAGAGCUUUACUAGUGACAAAAAUCGUUGAUCUAGUAUUAGGAUGCCCAUUAACAAUUAUGUGCCCACAUGAAGUAGAAACAGUGUUACUAAGAGAGAGAACACAGGCAUUUUCUGAUCAGCGAAUUACAAGGUAUGAAAUAACCUUACUAAACAAUGAAAAUAUUACUCUAAAAUGCUGUACAACCCUUAACCCUUCCACCUUGCUUCCAGAUUUACCAACUUCAGGAGAACCAUAACACAGUUGUGAAACACUAGUGUCCAUGGCAGAAAAGCCUCAAGAUGAUCUCUUGGACACUCCCUUAAAAAACUCAGACCUGGUCUUACUUACUGAUGGUUCUUCUUUUAUGGGAGAUGGCAUACGCUACACUGGAGCUGUUGUAGUCACAGAAUUUGACACUGAGUGGUCAGCUUCACUGCCCUCUAACAUUAGCGCUCAAGGGGCAGAACUCAUAGUUCUGAAACAUGCCUGUAUGAUUGCCAAGGGUAAAAAGGCAACAAGUUAUACAUAUUCUAGAUAUGUUUUUGGCAUUUGUCACUCAGUCGGGAUGCUAUGGCUCCAGAGAGGAUUUUUAACCUCAUCUGGAAAAUCCAUAGCUAAUGCAGAAAUUAUUAAUGAAGUUCUUUCUGUUCUCCAGCUGCCUGAAGCCCUAGCUGUCAUUCAUUGCUCUGCCCAUACAGGUGGCACUGACCCUGUCUCUAAGGGAAAUGACCAAGCAGAUGCUGUUGCAAAGCCAGCAGCCAUAGAAGGGCCUGAAUUACUUUUAACAUUAACAACCACUGAUGACUUAAAUUUAUCACUUUUCUAUAAUGAAAAGGAAGUGGAAAAAUGGAAACAAAAAUUCAAAGCAAAACAAAUUAAUGGAGUAUGGGUGUCACCUAAAGGAAAACCCCUGCUCCCUGGAAGUUUCUAUCACCAAAUUUGCCAAUCUGUUCAUAAAAAUGGCCACUUUGGUACUCAGGGCAUCGUGGACUCUGUUAAGAGAGUAUGGAUUUCCCCUUGUAUAACUACCAUAGCCUCUAAAGUGUGUUCAGCCUGCUCUACCUGCCAGGCAUAUAAUCAACACGACUUUCGUGGCAAAGCUUUUGGUGGGCAUCUUUUGGCUUACACAUCUUUUGAGAACAUACAGAUAGAUUUCAUAACUACGCCAAAGUCUGGAUAUUAUAAAUUUUGUCUAGUCAUAAUAGAUCAACUGACCAGAUGGCCAGAAGCAUUUCUUGCAACCCAAGCCACAGUGGCUUUUGUUGCUAAGGUGCUUUUAAAAGAAAUUAUUCCUCGUUUUGACCUGCCAGCAAAUAUUGAUUCUGAUAGGGGAAGUCAUUUUACUGAUUCUGUUCUAAAUCAGAUAUAUUCUUGCUUGGGGAUAACUCCAAAAUUCCAUAUUCCAUAUCAUCCCCAGAGCUCAGGCCAAGUUGAAAGAAUGAAUAAAGAACUUAAAACUAUGAUUGGCAAAUUAUGCACUGAGACCCAUUUAAAAUUGGCCUGAAAUUCUCCCUCUGGCCCUAUUUUAUCUUAGAAGUAGGCCCAGAGGAGAGCUACACAUCUCAGCAUUUGAGAUGCUUUUUGAACAUCCACCUAUACAGGCUAAGCCUUUCUCCCUGGCAUAUACAUCACUAUUAGGGGGAGAUACUACUAUUGCUUCCUAUAUACAGCAAUUACAGCACAAACUGCAUGAACUACAUGAAUCCGGAGCUUCAGUACAAGCCGGACCACUAGACUUCUCACUUCAUGGCCUGAAUCCAGGAGACAAAGUGUAUAUAAAGAACUUCCAGCGUACUGGAGCAACUCAGUCUUCUUGGGAAGGACCAUUCCAAAUAUUGUUAACUACUCCAACAUCUAUAAAGGUUGGAGAAAAGGACUCUUGGAUUCAUUGCUCACAUGUAAAGAGAGCAUCUUCUAUUGAGACUAAUUGAUUGUAUCCUAUAAAUGCAUUGGAGAUAAUUAUCCAUUGACAAGUGGAACUGUUUUUUUUUAACACAUUGAUUAUUUUCCCCCUUUUCUCUUUUUCCUUUCUUUUGUUAUUUUUUCUUUUAUUAAAAUAUUUUUUCCCUUUUCUCAUUUAUAUGUACUCAAGUACAUACAAUCAAUAUUAAUUUUUCUACAAUAAUAUUAGUUUACAUACAUAUACUUGCUAUAUUAUUAAUACAUACCCAAACAGCUUUAGACUGUGGGAACCUUCCAUUUAUUGAUAAUUGUUAUGGGACUGUGAUUAAUGUUUGUGUCUGAUUCUAGGAAACGGAAUCAAAAAGGAGCACAGAGAUAACCUGAAUAAUACCAAAAGAGCUCACAGGUCAGCAAAUCAAAAACCAAUCCAGGUAGGAUUGAUGCACUUCUAAGCCAAUACUAUGGACUUGUACCACAUGUGGGACUCGAGGUUGCGACGCUUGACAUACGUUAAGACGUAGGCCUUCCUUGUAUCCACACUCUUCGUGAAAAUACUUACAGACAAGUACCAAAGGUUGGCUAUCAUCCUGGCUCCCUCUCUCCCUGAAAAUGAAGGUAAAAUCAGACCAGGGAAUGACACUUCUGUAUUAAAAUAAAAAUCUGGUCCUUUUUUCUCUCCUAUAGUAUGGCAACUUCCUGUAGUCUUGGCUGCAAAUGGGUAAGUGAAAUAUUACUGCAUUCUGUCCCUCAGACUUGUGGGAUUAGAAAUUAAUUAACUGGAUCCUAAUACAGGGGCCUGUGAGAAAUUUAUUCUUGCUUUCUCAAAAUUUUGUAUACAUAGAUUUUUGAUAUUUUGAUACUGAUUUUGAAUUCUUCUUUAAAAUAAAUAUACAUAUAUAAAUGGUUUACAUUUUUCCCUUUUUCUUUUUUUUCUUUUUUUUCAUUUUGUUUUCAUUUUUGUUUUUGUCUUUCUUUUGAAUUAACUCACCCACUCCCAUAACUAAACCUUGCAUCCUCAGCUGGACUGGGUGUUUUUUCAACACUUUCUUCAGGGGGGAAUGUAUUUUCAUAAAAUCCAGGAUUUAAAUUUUGUUCAAGAUAGAUCUUCAGAAAAGAAGCUUGCUAACUAACUGAAUCCAGAGAAUGAACUGUUUGCAGAAAGAUACCUAAACCUUUACACUACAGGAAGAUCCAGAAUGAACCUGGGGGUGUGGUUGAUUGAACAUUUAUUUUGAUUGUACACUCUUAUGCCAAAGGGGACUGCCCCCUAAUUGGCUUUUGUCAAUGCGCCAAGCAAAACAUUGGUCUUACUGUCUCUCUCUCCUCUAUUUUUCUAUUUCCCCUUAUCUACAAGUAUUGUAGUUUUCCUCGUAGAGGGUAAAAUUUUAUAUACACCUGCAGUUAGAAUUUUUUUGGGUGCAGGACGCUUAUGUUUAGUGAUCAAUUGGGGAGACUAGGUCCCCAAUCAUUAUCAUGGGGGAUUGUGAUUUUUAAAUCUCCUCCAUCUUGCUUGGUCUAGCAUCCAAAAUUGUGCACACCCACACUACAUGGGCAUGUACUAGUCAAUGACAAAUCAGAAAUAACUAACUGCCCACCUAGGCUGUCCUAAGCCAAGCUUAAGCCACCAUUGGUACGUGUGAGGAGCAGGAAGUGAGGUAGAGAACAGCCUCUGGAGUUUGAUCACUUCCUGUGGACAGGGCUAGGCGCCAGUUCAUUCUAGGAGCUCGAGCAGGGAGGAGGCCCGCAGGCAGGUUUCCUUUAGAUCGGUCACAGUGAAAGGACUGAUUCCCUUCUCUGCCUUGGCCUUCCAAGGCCUAAACUCCCUCUGUCUCUGCCAGAAGGUUGAGCUAACCUCUUUCCUUGUCCCCUUCUUUCCUUAUCUCCUUCUCCUUCUUUCUUACUCCUGUUGUAAUUAAAAUGCCAUAAAACUCCA